UAAACCACUCUGCAGUGUUGGUGUUUCAUUUCGUCGCCGGCAUCUGGCGCCCAACGUGGGGCACGACGGAACCGAAAGGGGACAAGGAAAAUGGCAACUUCAGUUGAUGGGAUCGAAACUGUGGGUGAAGUUGCUGGGACCACACCCUACGACUAUGAGGGGGCACUGCCAUGCGAGAAAAGCAAUGUCAAGGAGCUGGCGGCCCAGUUCCUGCCGCCGCUGUACUCCCUGGUAUUCAUGAUUGGCCUGCUGGGCAAUGUAGUGGUGGUGGUGAUCCUCACAAAAUACAAGAGGCUCCGUAUUAUGACCAACAUCUACCUGCUCAACUUGGCCAUUUCUGAUGUGCUCUUCCUAGUCACGCUGCCAUUCUGGAUUCACUAUGUUAGGUGGAAAGAGUGGGUUUUUGGCCACCACAUGUGUAAGUUGCUCUCCGGGCUCUAUUACAUGGGCUUGUACAGCGAGAUCUUCUUCAUCAUCCUCUUGACCAUAGACCGGUAUCUGGCCAUCGUCCACGCCGUGUUUGCCCUUCGAGCCCGGACAGUCACUUUUGGUAUCGUUACCAGCAUCUUCACCUGGGGCCUGGCAGGGCUAGCAGCCCUCCCUGAAUUUUUCUUUCAUGAGACCCAAGAGGAGGCUGGACUGACUAUCUGCAGUCCUCUUUACCCAGAGAAUAAUGUAAAUGCCUGGAAGCAAUUCCAUGCUCUGAGAAUGAAUAUCCUGGGUCUCGCUCUGCCCCUGCUCGUUAUGGCCGUCUGCUAUUCAGGAAUUAUUAAGACACUGCUGAGAUGUCCCAGCAGAAAAAAAUACAAAGCCAUUCGACUCAUUUUUGUCAUUAUGGUGGUCUUCUUUAUUUUCUGGACACCCUACAAUCUGAUUGUCCUACUCCUUGCUUUUCAAAUGCACUUAGAGACCGAUUGUGAGCAGAGCAGACAGCUGGACCUGGCCAUGCUGGUGACCGAGGUGAUCGCCUACACGCACUGCUGUGUCAACCCCGUGAUCUAUGCCUUCGUUGGUGAGAGGUUCCGGAAGCACCUCCGCCACUUUUUCCACAGACAUGUGGCCAUCUACCGGAAAUUCAUGCCAUUUCUUCCUAGUGAAAAAUUGGAAAGAGCCAGCUCUGUCUCCCCAUCAACAGGGGAGCAGGAACUCUCUGCUGUAUUUUAGAUCAAGAGCAGAACAAUGCCUAAAGAAGAUGCACAGACCAGACAAAGCCAACACAUUGACCUCUUCAGCAGUCCUUUGAACUUCCAGCACAAUGGCUACAGCUCUUGAAGUCAUUAAAAUAUAUACACAAUGGUGACGGUGUAUCUAUGCACCCCAAGGUCAUUACCAAAUGUCAACAGCUGGGCAAUGACUUAUCAUGAACCCUGAACGGCAGAGCUUUGCUUGAUUCACUCGAGUCACAUAAUUUUAAUGCACCUGAAUGUUAGAUGGUUAUUAUAUGCAGCUACAAACUAGUCAAGCUUUUUAUAUCUUAAACCUUAACUUCAGCCAGUUAUUGAUAUAAA